AUGAUAUGGAGGGGAUUGGAACACCUGAAUCACAUGAUUGGGAAGGGGAUUGGAACACCUGAAUCACAUGAUUGGAGGGGAUUGGAACACCUGAAUCACAUGAUUGGGAGGGGGAUUGGAACACCUGAAUCACAUCAUGAUUGGGAGGGGAUUGGAACACCUGAAUCACAUGAUUGGGAGGGGGAUUGGAACACCUGAAUCACAUGAUAUGGAGGGGAUUGGAACACCUGAAUCACAUGAUAUGGAGGGGAUUGGAACACCUGAAUCACAUGAUAUGGGAGGGGAUUGGAACACCUGAAUCACAUGAUAUGGAGGGGAUUGGAACACCUGAAUCACAUGAUUGGGAGGGGAUUGGAACACCUGAAUCACAUGAUUGGCAGGGGAUUGGAACACCUGAAUCACAUGAUUGGCAGGGGAUUGGAACACCUGAAUCACAUGAUAUGGAGGGGAUUGGAACACCUGAAUCACAUGAUAUGGAGGGGAUUGGAACACCUGAAUCACAUGAUAUGGAGAGGAUUGGAACACCUGAAUCACAUGAUUGGGAGGGG